CCUCAGCCGCACGGAGGAUGGCGCCGGCUUCGCUCCUCUUUCUCUGCCCGUUUUUUCUGUUCUGUAUCGCCUCAGCCGGGCCAGGCUGGGCGGCCGUGGUGGACGCGGGAGACGCUGCCGCUCGAGAGGCGGCGCGUUUCGCCUUGGCCGAAGCCGCUCAGACGGGUCGCCUCUGGACGCUGAGAGAAGCCAAGACCCAGGUCGUGAAUGGCAUCAAAUACUACCUGGAUGUGACCCUGCUGAAGAGUCUGUGCACUGGGACUCAGGCUGAGGCUCAAGAUGCUUCUGGUUGCAUCACUCCAGGAAAGCUUGAACAAAUUGCAUGUUACUUUGAGGUUUGGAGUCAACCCUGGAUGAACAAGAAGAAACUGGUGAAGCAAGAGUGCCAUCCUGCCGAACCAUCUGAGGUAGUCCAGAUGGUAAAGCUGGAACAAUGGGAAGUGUUUCAUCCCAAAGCACCUGCACUGGAAGCGGAGGAACCAUUCCAGGAUAAGAGGUCUUUGCAGAAUGCCUCCAUCCGACUGGUUUCCCUCUUCAAGGACUUCCUGACCACCUACAGGAAGAGCUACAAGAACCAAAGAGAAACGGAAAGGCGCUUCCAAAUCUUUGCUGAGAACCUGAAGAAGGCCCAGGUCAUUCAAGAGCUGGAUCAGGGCACAGCAGAAUACGGAGUCACCAAAUUUAGUGACUUGACAGAGGAGGAGUUCCGUACCACCUACUUGAACCCAUUACUGACCAAGAUGUCACGCCGUCCAAUGAAACUGGCCAGUAUCCCCUAUGACACAGCUCCAAGCGCGUGGGACUGGAGGGAUCAUGGGGCUGUCACAGAUGUGAAGAACCAGGGCGACUGCGGAUCCUGUUGGGCCUUCUCAGUGACAGGCAACGUGGAAGGCCAGUGGUUCCUACACAAAGGUUCCCUGGUUUCUCUCUCUGAGCAAGAGCUUGUGGACUGCGAUUCUCUAGACGAAGCUUGUGGUGGAGGGUUGCCGUCCAAUGCUUAUGAGGCCAUUGAGAGACUGGGGGGCCUAGAAACAGAAGGUGACUACAGCUAUGAGGGCUAUGCGCAGAAGUGUGGCUUCUCAAAGGACAAGGUGGUCGUUUACAUCAAUAGCUCUGUGGAGAUCUCCCGGGACGAGAAUGAUAUUGCUGCCUGGCUGGCAAAGAAUGGCCCUAUCUCCAUCGCGCUGAAUGCUUUUGGCAUGCAGUUCUACAGGAAAGGUGUCUCCCAUCCCUUCAUACUGUUCUGCAACCCCUGGAUGAUUGACCAUGCAGUCCUUCUAGUGGGCUAUGGCACACGUGGCCGUCUUCCCUACUGGGCUAUUAAGAACAGCUGGGGCAAGGAAUGGGGAGAGCAGGCAAGUCUGGGCAGUAGUUCCUUAUUCCCAGCCUCAGUGGCCUCCCCUUCCUUGCCACUGCAGUGGGAACUGAGGUGAUCCACAAGCAGAAAUUGGGGGAA